AUGCUUCGAUGCUCCUUGUGUAUAUCAUGGAAUUCUGACUGUGGGAAACUGUAUAUGAGACCUUUUCUCCCCGUACCACCACUCUGCGCCAAGUCGUUCUUUUCACAAUGGGGGCCACCGUGGGGUCGAAUUCAAGUAAAUGGCUGCCGAUGUAUGAGCCGUAGUGCGGAGGCUCAUGCAGACGCCCUUUCAUCAACUCCGGAGUCCACACCAGAACCAGUGAAAAAGGAACCAGUCACAUUCAAAGAUAUUGGCAUUCGAAGAUCAAUAUACAGGGCCCUUGAUGUCGUGUUUCCAGCCAUCAAGCAUCCAACAGAAACGCAACAGCAAUUCAUCCCGGCGAUUCUCAGUGGAAAAGAUGUUCUGCUCAAGGAUUCUACGGGUUCUGGAAAGUCUUUCGGCAUUUUGCUUGCUCUGUUGAACAAGCCUCGCUCCGAGUUUCCAGGCCUUCAGUCUACCAUUACCAACCCGUCAUCCAUCACGUCCCUCCUCCUCGUACCCCAUCGCGACCUCGCCUAUCAGUUUAUGCACUGGGUAGAUCAACUAACUGCAGCACCGGGCGUCACUUCCCCUCGUUAUGGUGGUGUGGUCGCCAAAGCCAUUGUCAGAGACAAGCAAAUCGAAAUGGCCACGCGCAUCUCCUCUUUACGUAGUGAUCCGCCUCACGUCCUUAUUGGGACGCCUCAGGCUCUGCUCGACGUGCACAACGAAGAUCCCGCAGCUCUUCAGCUGUCCAAUCUGUCGACCGUGGUCGUGGACGAAGUCGACUAUCUGAUAGAAACGGUCCCACUCAAAAGUGGCGGCAAAACCUUCUAUAAGGCCUUCCUAAAAGCCAAGAAGAAGAUCGACCGUCACCCAAGCCCCACACGUCAAUUAUUGGACAUCAUCUACGCCUCGAGGAAAAACAGAGCCGAGCAAGGACUUACAAGUACUCACGAAAAUUUACCGCAAUUAGUUAUGUCAAGCGCUACACUCAGGAAGCAUCUGGAUCUUUUCUUGUUCAAAGAAGGUCGAUGGCUUCGCAGGGAUCAACUAGUCAAGAUCAAGUGCUCAGACAAACAGCGAGUUUACGAUAUCGGCGCCAUAUCAUCGAUUUCUGGUGACAUACUGCAUUCUGUUCUCAUUGUUGCUGGGAAUGGAGAUAUUAAGAACAUGGCUGACGCAACAUCUCUUCCAUUGAUAUCCCCUGGAGAUGAGCCAGUCACACCCGAAGCUAUAUUUGACGAUCAAUCUCCUGCAAUCGAAUCCCAAUCGGAAAAAGUCGUUGAUUCACCAUCACCAUUCAAUCCGGAUGCCGUGGAGGCCAUUGCUACCGCCUUUGCAUUGGACGUUCCUUCUAUUGCGCUGCUCGUUUUACCGGCCUCGUCUCCCGUGCACCGUGCUGUCUAUGAGCUCAAACAGCUUGGGGUGAACGCGAAGGCACUCGACCUCACAGUAUCCGACAAAGGCCGUUUGCAUCUGCUUACCGGCGGGAAAACAGCGGAAGAAGCACCGACGUUGCUAGUGGCGACCCUUGCUAGCAUACGCGGAUUGGACUUGCCCUCUCUGACUCAUGUGUUUAUCCUUGGCAUUCCAGAAGGACCUAAGGUAAAUGGCCAGACCAUCGACGCCUACCUGCACAUUGCUGGUCGCGUCGGACGCUUUGGUAAAGGCGGAAGGGUCGUAACGGUCGUCGAGGCUCAGGAUCCCGACGGGAGCCAUGGUGUUGACGAUGAGGCGAAGAUGCGGCGAAUAUUCAGGGAGAUCAAAGUAAAGCCGGUGCGCUUUGAGCAUUUCGAUUAG